AUGAGAGGUCAGCUCUUGAAGGUUCACACAAUGGAGUUGCCCUUGAAAGUUGCGGUAUUCGUUUUCGUCUCAGCACCGUUUGUCGGCCAUGGUAUCCAGCCAAGGCCGGCAUCGGAGGAGCUUCAAGCACUGCCGAGCAUAGAAUGCCUUGAAGCUCGCUUGAAAGAUCCGAACGCCAACUGCGAUGACCUCGUGCCACAAGAUGGCAGGACGGUGAAAGUUAUCUUCAACAUGUCGCAGGUGGCUCCACGAAGUUCAAGUGACAAGCAGAAUGCUUCUGACUCUAGCGAGGAGAAUGUUGUCGUUCGAUUCUCCAUGAAUCAGACCAAUGGACAGCGAACCUCGGUGAAAGACAUUUCACUGUACAACUUCCCAAACUACCAGGAGUCUGUUUGCAGAAACAACGAUGCGCCUGUUUGUGAUCCCUACGGCUUCCUUAGCACCUCGGAAGGCCAGAAUCUGUCCUUGGAGCUGGAGAAGCUGCGAUCGCAGUAUCUGGUGGUCUGUGAGGACCUGAUACAAGAGCCGAUCGACCAGCGGCACUUGCAGCCGUUCUAUGUGGGAGUGGCCAUCGCCCAGGCCAAUGGAGCUGAAAUGAGCCUGUCAACCCUGCGACAGUAUGGACACUUAAUUCUGUCUGAAUGGAACAUGGGAAACUCCGCUGCCAACGGGCAGAUCAUGCGCUGUCCGAAUCAGGCCUUGCUUCUGAUCGUUCCAGACAGAAGCCAGGCAGUGCUGGUGACGGAGUCUUGUCGGUACAUCUGCGAGGAGCAAGGCGCCAAGGCCCCGCAAAUCGUGACGAAGUCGCUGCAUACUGGCAGUCUGGCAGAUGCAGUCUUGGCUGGGGUGAGGUCUGUGUACACCUCUCUUCCGAACACAGUGGCUCAGGGUGAGGCCAUGCCACUGCCAGCAGUCGAAGCGCAGGCGACUCCCUCUGAGAGCAAUGCCGAGACAUCCAUCCUCUUUGUGCAGCGUGCUUGUGCCCCAGACUGGUAG